AUGGGCCAAUCCUCGUCUGGUGAGCCAAAGAGAGAGUUGCUCUAUGCGGAGGAUGGCAUCACUGUGAUUGGCAGCACAUUUAGCACCGGCGGAGAGGAGGCUGCCCCGGAAUGGUUCGGAAUGGGCCCACAAAGUUUGGGCUUCGUUGGCCCGGGGCCACAGAUCAACCCCAAGGUCUACUGCACUCCUCAAGCUCAGAACAGAUUGCUACGCCCGAGAAACUCCCGGGAAGAAGCGCCGAACCUGACGGUCUUCAACCGAAGCCCUCGACCUGUGAACGUCUCCCUAGGCGAUGGAAAGCACUUCCUCCAGCCGGGGCAUCUGGCGAGGUUCGUGUUGCCCGACGUGGAAGCGGCUCUCUUCGUCACCGACCCAUGCUCAGGGCUAUGCUUGUGCGACUUGCGCGGCUUGCCAGCAGGAGGACAGCCCUUCGAGGCUUUGCCACAUGCUAUUCUGCGGGAGGUUGGUGGAGCCUUGAGUGCAUCGCUGGACUAUUCAUUCCCCAGGAUGGAGGACGCGCCGGAUCCAUCCAGGAAGCUCUCGAUAUCAUCAUCGGUGUGUGAGACACUGGAAGGCAGUGAACACAAAGCCAGUCCUCGAACAAUUGAACUGGAGGAGCAACUACUGGAAGCACUCCAGUGCAACGACCAGUGCAGGGCACAGGAGAUUUUGGCAGCUGGCUUCAAUCAAGAGGGCGGCAGUCUUCGUGGAAACGUCGAGGUUCGGAGCAUCAAGCGCGAAGGCUUCCGGUCCAAGGUGAAUUUUGUCUUGCAGCUGCUGGCUGACUCCAUGGAAGGCCACGGCAGCGAGGCCACGGGGCUCUUCGUGGAUGAUGACAUCAAGGAGCUGACAGAAGACUGCGAGGCACUGCGGGAGGUUUUGGCCAGUGGUCGGCUACUACGACUGCUCUUCGUUCGUUCCGGAGGGAAGGAGUAG